AUGUUCCUCAUUUAUCCCUCUUUAUUUGUCGAAGUUUCUGGUUUUUCUAGGGUCUAUCUUGUGUUAUAUGUUGAUGACAUUAUCAUCACUGGGGAUAGUGAAGAUCUUACCUCAGAAGUCAUGGCUUCUCUCCAAGCUCAAUUUGAUAUGAAAGACUUGGGGGAUCUCCAUUUCUUUAUUGGCCUAGAAAUUAGGUAUCUAAAGGAUCGCAUUUUUCUGUCCGAGCAUAAAUAUACCAAAGAUCUCAUUCAUAAAGCUGGUAUGGAUGCUUGUCACACUCAUGUCACUCCAUGUCAAUCUGGUAUUAAACUGUUGAAAGACUCUAGUACUCCUUUUACUCAUUUUGAUAUUACACCUUUUCGAAGCCUAGUUGGCUGCCUGUAA